AUGAUCACGGAGAUGGUGGACUUUGAGACGCACCUCGCACAAAUGUGCCUGCUCAACAAAUCGCUGAAAUGGCUCUUCCUGCACUCCCGCUCCGGCGCCCGCACCCGCCCGCUCAAGGACCGCCCGUCCGACGAGAAACUCUUCCAGUGGUUGUUAGAUGUCUCGAGAUGCGAAGUGCUUCUGCUGAAUUUGUACACGAGCACCGCCGAGAACAGAGAAACGGCGGCGAGCGGCGCGAAAAUGAAGAUAACUGCACUGCUGCGGCAGUUGGGCGACUUUUUCGAACACGGAUUCGUCAAAAUGAGCGAGGCGCAGAAGGGUGAGCGCCGUUUUUGUUUGAUUUUUCGCAUGCUGAGCAGAGUUGAGCGGAAUUCCGCCUUCCGUAUUCCACUUUUCGCCGCUUUUUUCAUUCCGCCUCCGCUUUCCGCCAAAAAAUUUGAAUUCCGUCUCCGCUUUCCGCCAAAAAUUUUGAAUUCCGCCUCCGCUUUCCGCCAAAAAAUUUGAACUCCGCCUCCGCUUUCCGCCUUCCGCCAAAAAAAAAAUGUAUUCCGCCUCCGCUUUCCGCUUUCCGCCAAAAAAAAAAAAUUUAUUCCGCCUUCCGCCGUUUCAAAAAAUCGAUUCCGCUCAACUCUGAUGCUGCGUCGACGUGUAGCCUGUUUAGCACAAAUUCUUCAGCAAUUCAGAAUAAAUUUUAUGCUCUAGAAGAAAUUACAAUUCUAUUGCAGUGAACUUUGUGAAAUGGGUACGAAACCUCGAAGAAACGGUCGACAAGAUUGAUGGGAAAGAAGUGGAAGAGAGCAAAGAAACCGUCCAGCAGAUUAUUCGCAGGAUCAAACAGGUUUCGGCGUUUCUCUUGUUACAAUUAAAAUUUCAAUAAUUUUGCAGGUGGGCGAUCUGCUGGGACUUUCGGUGAACGUGACCCUGAAAGAGUGUCUCGGUUCCCUGGACUCGGAGCUCCGUGCUCUUUUCUCGGUCCUCUCCCUGUCCGACUCUGUCGUAAUCGACGUCUACUCGAAGAUGGAGGCCAACUAUUUAUGGCCGCUGCUCCAGGAAAUGAUCCCGCGCAUCCAGCAGAACCUCGUCUCCACCUCCAACACCGACGUCGUCCGACAAAUAUUCACAAAACUGUCCAUCUCCACGUGGAUCCUCAAAUUCAAACUUUCGCAAUUCGCCGAGAAGGAACACGUCGCCAAUCGGAUAGUCAACACGUAUUCGUAUUCGCUCGAGAAACACUUGAGGACCGUGUUGCAGUCGGUCCCGCAGCACCUCUUCGGCAUUAUGUAUCAGGUUGUGAUGCCGGCGUUGGGCAAGAAGUUUCAGCCGUUUAUCGAGAAGACUGAGGUAGGGAUAGCGACUUUCGAAAACACCUUUUUUCAAAGUAUAACGUGCAAAGGAAAGGACAUCAAAGUUUGCGCCGGACAGAAAGGGCACGCUGUUAGCAAUCUGGCCGAAUUUCUAGGCCGCAAAGUUAUUUUCCACUGAAAACGUGGCCUAACUUUUCAAACUCGGCCCCGAGGUCGCUCAAUUUGCGCUGCAAAAAGAGUUUCUCAACAGAGCGCCAUUUCUGUGCGGUGGUGCCCCUAUAAUAAGCCUAAACGUUUGUAACUUCCAAAUGAAACUGUGUUAAAAUUGCGAAUGUUGCAGCUGCGCGAGCUGUCCGAAUACAUAACCUCCUCAAAAUUGGUGGAAACGACAUCGCUUAUCGCGAACACGAGCAUGGGAAUAUCGAGAAUGAUGCUCACCAAAGUCGGCACCGUUCAGAUCAAUCCCAAGGUACGUUCCUAUCACAAAAUUACAAAAACACAUAACAUUUCCUCAUGAAAUGCUGGCAAGCGAACUUCUUUUGAACUCUUUAGCGGAAUCACACAUGUUUUAGGAACUUCUGGAAGACGGAAUGAUUCGACAAUUGUACAAAGAGAUCAAAAAGUUGAUGACGACUGCAUCGGCGUUUAGUUCUAUCGGUGAGCGUGUUUUUUCUCUCAAAUAUGAAACAAAUUUUAUCGAUGACUGUGUAGCAGAGUUGAGCGGAAGAACACGGAAGAAUUUUUAUCUUUUUUAGAAAAUUUUUUGAUGGAAUGUGAUCAACUAACGAAAUGUAUAGCAAAGUGAACUGUGCUCAUAGAAAAAUAAUUGUAAAUUUAACUUUUCAUACAAAAAAGUUAUUCGUUCCGUCUUCCGUUAGCCCUCCUUUUUUCACGGAACAACUCGAAUAACUUUUUUGUAUGAAAAGCUAAAUUUACAAUUAUUUUUCUAUGAUCAGAGUUCACUUUGCUAUACAUUUCGUCAGUUGAUCACAUUUCAUGAAAACAUUUUCUAAAAAAGAUAAAAAUUCAUCCGUGUUCUUCCAUCGAGUUCUUCCGCUCAACUCUGCUGUGUAGACCCCGGGAAGUUUGAAGAACAUUUUAUUUCCAUUCAUUAACGUUGGAAUUUCAGUCUCACUUGCCUGUUAAUACAAUUUUACAUUUUUCUUUUACUAAAACACAAUUUUUUUCCCCAGUAUUUAAAAACAAGCUUUUACUCUAAUUUUUUUACAGAAAAUAUGCUAAAAACGUGCGAAAACGUGGAAACGAUGCGUUCGGCGUUCUUCUACCUGUGCGACUACAUGAAUCUGGAGGGAGAUCACAUCUGGAACGUGGCCGUCGACGACUAUUUCAGUCGGAUUUCCGAAGAACGAGCGUUCGCCAAGAGCUCCGGCGAUUUGGAGAGGAACGAGAUGGUCGAACUGAUUGUCAGGAUUACGAAUCCAAAAGUUUGUUCGGGGGAAAAUUCAGUUUCUUUAUAUCGAUUUUAUGCGAAUCUCAUAAAAUGUUGAUUGGUCGUGAAUACCUUCAUAAACUUGAAAAUAAACGUUUUUUUUACAGAGCAACACGAUACGCGGAGAGUUCGAUGAGUUGGAAAGAUGUGAAAAUGAGCCGAAACGUGCUCACUUUCGACGUUUUCGACAAAAUCGAACAAAUGGUUCCAUUCCACGUGCUCACGAGCAUCGAGACCAAUUUGACGGUCGAAUUGGAGAAAAUGGUUGUCGGUGAGAAAGUGUGACACAUUUUCGGGGUGGGACAAACUGAGAUGUCAUUGAAAACUCGAUAAAUCUUUGGUUAUAAGUAAAUGUUUUGAAACAUGAACAUUUUGAGAUAAAUUCGGAAAAUUAGUACAGAAAAAGGAAAUAGUAGUUUAGAUGCAGACGAAGCAGUAUGAAAUCAACUUUGUCCUAAAAAUAAUAUAUUUUUCAGACUACACAUCGUCGGCGCGUAAGCUCGGAGUCUCGUUCAACCUCCAAAAUGCGGUCGGCCACGAUUCGGUCCGUUCCUAUUUUUCCAGUUCGAAUUAUGAAAAACUGGUGAAGACGAUCCAACCGCAAUCCGUCGCAUUGGCCACGCUUCUCGCGCAGGUACGCAUUUUUUUAAUGAGUGAAAAAUCUGAAACAGUGAACAUUAUUUUCAAUUACAGAUUGGUCAGUUUAUAUUGCUGAUUCGAACUAUCGGAAACUCGAAAAGGACGGCCAAUUUGAUGAAGGAGGACAGUAUGCAAAAGGAUCUCAUCGAGAUUAGCAGGUACCAGUAGAAACACAACUUUUACAAAAAAACAAUUUGGAAAACAAUCCCUAAAAACUUGCAGAUCGCUGGCACGUGAUCCGAAGGACCUUCCGGCCGAAAUGGGCACAAUUCUGAAGCUGAUGAUGCAAUAUUCGCUUUACAAUCCGGAAAGAAUGAUAUUCCGACUGAAAGACGAACCGUCGCCCGUAUUCAUGAUCGCCCUCAUUCAGUGCAUUCUGCCCAAAAUUGGAGGUAAAUUUAUAUUUUAGGAAACAUAGAUAUUAGUGACCUUGUUAAUUAUGAUCAAAACUAACAAAGAGCAACAAGAAACUCGCACGAAACAGCCACAUUUCGAAAAAGCUUUUUUUGCCAGUGACCUAUAGAAAUGCUUGCGAGUUUCUUGUUGCUCUUUGUUAGUUUUGGUCAUAAUGAACACAUUCACUAUGAAAAUGGAUAAGAUGAAUCAGCAUUCCUCUGGCGGCACGCAUCUGAAGUUUCAACGAAAGCUUGGAGAGCGCGCUGCCGUUCGGUUCAUGUAGGAACUGCGUUUGAGCGCUUUGGUCGUGUUUCUCCAUAACUCGAAGAGCAUAAUUCGUAGAGAAUAAUUAUCAACUGCAAAGUUAAUAAGCAUAACAUUUCCUCCAACUUUCCAGUUGGCCACUUCUUCCUGCAAUUGUUUUCUCUUGAGAUACAGGCUGCUGAAAAGAAUAGUUCUAAAUCUUGUUGUAUCUCGAAAUCUAGUACAGAAUGAAUAAUUGAUGAAAAAAUUGUGCAUAGUUUCCCUGUUGACAACCUGUUUGCACUCGUUUUUCUGCUCGUUUUUGUGAUUCGACCCACUAACCAUAUCAACAGCCUGUAUCUCAAGAACUAAACGUUGCAGGAAGAAAUGAUCAACUGAAAAGUUUGAGUAAAUGUUAUGCUCAUUAUCUUUGCAGUUGAUGUUUAUUCUCUUCGAAUUAUUCUCUUCCAGUUACGGGUUACGGAACAUUUUCUGGGAAAUGUCAAUUUCUCAAUCAGUUCAGCCAACUAGCUUACUAUUAGCAACAAAAAGAAAUGUUUAUAAUUGCAGACCCGUACUUUGUGUGCGCCCGGCAGCUGGAAAUGGGCAUCCGAUUCGUGCUCCGCCAAUCGCGGCUCCUUCCGUACUUCCUUCCGAUCAUUCAGGACCAAUUGCCGCAAUGCAGCCGUCCGAAGAAGAGAAUCAGCGACGUGGAACAAUUUUUGAGACAAUUGACGCUUCAUUUAAAGUGA